AUGCUGACUCCGACACCGUACCAGGUGUCCGCGGAGGAGGGCGAGAACAGGGAGGCCGGAGGUGGUCUCUGCCCCAAGGAUAAAUCAGACGUUGUGUUCGGGAAAACCGAAACCCUGUUGCCCGAGGGCAAAGGUGCAGAGGAGGCCUUCCAUGGCAAGAAAAGGGCCGCUUCUGAAGGUGAUUCGGUAACCCAAACACAAGCAAGGCAAGCAGUAACAUCCGAUGACCCUGCAUAUGCGUACUGUUUUGCCCCAGAUGUGAACAAGAAGUACCAUUUGCAGUGCAAUUUUUGUGGCAAGCUAUUGAAAGGUGGAAUUACUAGAAUGAAGUACCAUCUAGCUUGCAUUACUGGCUUCAAUGCUAUUAAAUGUAAGAAGGUUCCAGCUGAUGUGAAGGAAGAGAUUAUUGCUUUUCUUACGAAGAAGAGUGGUGACAAGCAAAAGAAGAAGGAUGAAGUGCAAAGGGUUCGAUCUGCAAUUAAUAUAGAGAACUCAGAUGAUGAAAGGGGUAGUGGGGAUGAUUCUGACUUUGAUAGGAAUGAUGUUGUGUUGCUGAAGUCAACAAGAGGCAGUGGGACGAGUAACUCUGGAGCUGUGGUAGGUAGUGGCAGUGCCACUAUUGAUAAGUUUUGCAAGAAAACAUCUAUAGAAGAGUCUAUUCGCAAUAAUCAAAGGGGAUUCAACGUUAGCCAGAAGGUCCAAUCAAAGUUGUCAACUAUGAAAAGAGAAGAGAAAAGGGACAGAGUUUGUGAGUAUAUUUGCCAGUUUUUCUAUGAAGCUAGCAUUCGUCACAACACUGUCACCCUCCCUAGCUUUGCUCAUAUGCUUGAGUCCAUCGGACAGUUUGGAAAGGACUUGAGAGGGCCUAGUCCAUAUGAGAUGAGUGGACCAUUUUUGCAGAAGAGGAAACAGAAGGUGCUGGAUGGGUUCAAGAAUCACAAGGAAUCAUGGGAGCUCAUAGGUUGCACGGUUAUGACUGAUGCAUGGACAGAUAAGAAGGGCAGGGGAGUUAUGAAUUUAGUUGUGCAAAGUGCUCAUGGUGUUUGCUUCAUUGAUUCAAUGGACUGCUCUGGUGACAGAAAAGAUGGCAAAUACAUAUUUGACUUGGUGGACAAAUGCAUAGAAGAAAUAGGUGAAGAAAAUGUUGUGCAAGUGGUGACUGAUAAUGCUAGUGUGAAUGUAUCAGCAACUAGUAUGCUAACAACAAAGAGACCAUCCAUAUUUUGGAAUGGAUGUGCUACUCACUGCCUAGAUCUCAUGCUGGAGGAUCUUGGGAAGCUUGGAACAGUUGCAAAAACUAUUUCAAGGGCAAGAUAA